GGCAUUCAUUUUCAAAAAUAAUUCACUUUUUAUGUACGUUCACACUCACAUAGAUUAGGAAAACAUUUUGAGGGCUGCUAUUUAAAAAAAAAAAAAAAAACUUUUUGAGCUCUGCUAUUUAAAAAAUAUUUAAAAUAUAUAAUUUUGGGAAAACAAACGUCUAGGUCAUCACAUGCCGUCUUAUAUAUGCAGACAUCUUUGCCGACUCCCCAAGCAAACUGGGCGAGAGAGGGAGACGGAAUCAGACAAUCUCCAGAGAAUGGAACGUUUUCGGGAAUGGCUUGCUAGGGUUAGGGUUAGGGCUUGAUGCAAUCGUCUCUGUGAUCGAGCCCUGAAAGCGAAGCGGAGCUUAGAAGAUCUCGCCAUGGCUCGAGGAGAGAAUUCCUUUGCUCUUCUUGGCGACGAUGAGGGCGAUGACUUUUCGACGCUUCUCGCUCGUGUCGCCACUGCCAAGAGCGAGGCUCCGCUGGCGGCGGAUAAGAAGCAAAAGCAGCCGGUAAAGAAAGAAAAGACGUCGGCCUCGCCUGCUGAUAUUGGUAGAGAUGAAAAAGGAAGAGGAAGGGGACAAGGAGGCCGAGGUCGUGGUCUAAGAAGGUCUGCAUCAGACGAGAGAAAUGUGGUGCGUGAGGGUGAUGGUUAUCAGCAGAACAGUGGAGCAGAAGCUUAUCAGCAGGAGUAUAGAGGUGCAAAUGGUUAUCGGCGGAAUCGGGUUGGGAAUGCUGCUGAUGACAAUUGGCAGGAACGUGGCCGAGGUGCAGGCCAUGGACGAGGAAGGGGAAUUAAUGAGUUUUGGGGUCUUGAGAAUGAGAAUCAGGGUGUUUUAGGCAGCUAUAAUAUUGUUGAAAACCCAGGGCAAGAUGCUGUUGAGGAUGGUGGUUGGGAACGAGUGAAUGGGCUUCAAGCUAAGGUAUAUGGAAGUCAGGGUCGUUCUCUAAGGGAAGGUGAGAGUAGUUGGGGUACUGGUGAAAGGCGAGAAUAUGGUGGAGGGCAUCGUGGAUAUAGAGGCCGAGAAGGGCGCUCAAAUGGUGGACGUGAUGCAAGGAAUUAUGGUAAGGGCGAAGUGCUGAAUGUUCCUAAAACAAAGGAGGAAACUCAUGGGGAUAUGGGGCAUGAAGUCAGCAGUGAUAAAAACAGAGGUGACAAUGAAUGGAACGUUCCCGUGUUGAUUGAAAUAACAAAAGAUACAGAGCCUGAAGAAGGAAAGCAGGAAAAUGUGGUUAAUGAAGACAAUUCUGGAAAGAAAAACCCAAAGGAAGAGGACAAUGAAAUGACACUUGAAGAAUAUGAAAAGCAACUUCAUGAGAAAAGGAAGGCUUUGGAAGCUUUAAAAUCUGUGGAGCGAAAAGUAACUCUUGAUCAGGAUUUUGAGUCUAUGCAACUUGUUGAGAAGAAGAAAGAGGGCAGCAUUUUCAUCAAGCUUAAGUCCGAGAAAGACAAGGACAAGCUUAAAAGGAAAGAAAGUUUCAACAAGGAGGAGAAAGUUCGUAAGGUAGUUAGCAUUAAUGAGUUCCUGAAACCAGCUGAGGAUGGGAACUGUGCAAGGCCUGCAGUUGGUCACCGGCGUGGAGGACGAGGUCGUGGGCGUGGGGAACGUGGCGGUAGUGGUGGAUACAGUGGAGGGCAGGAAGGUCCCAUCGAGGUUGACCCGGCAUUUCACUUUGAGGAUCCAGGCCAAUUUCCUGUCCUUGGAGGGGUUGUGAAAGCUUGAUUCUUGCCAGUUAACAGUCUCUCUUUAUAUAUUCCAUCAUCGGUUAGUGAUCUGGGCUUUAGGCUGGUUCCGCUUAUGGAUAAUUUUUAAUCAAAUUGCGCUAAUGCAGUGAUUUCUUUACAUACACUUGGCAGAAAAUUUUGAUUGGCAUGUAAUGUUUUGGGUUGAUAUUUUUAAUGCAACUGUAAUUGCUUUCCUUAACAA